GAGAAUCAAGGUUGUUCAGUGAGUAAUUCCCACACCGUGGAUAAGGCUGCCAAGCAGUAUCCACCAAUCACCCUACGUCUUCUCGUCCCCACUAUUCACUGCGGAUCACUGAUUGGGAAGGGAGGAAAACGAAUUAAAUUCCUUCGGCAGGUAUCUAGUGAUUCCGUUGCAAUGGCUUGUGGUAUAUAUUGUGUGGGAGGUGUACUCGGCCCCAGGAAGGAUUCCAUAUAUCGUAUUCACGCAUACUCAGACAGACGCAUUUCUCAAGCUGAAGAAGUUCGGUUUCGGUCAGAAAGAAUAGCUGAUGUUACCUUCCUGGUGGGUGAUAUAAACGCCCAGGUUGGACAAAUAAGCCCAGAAGAAGCAUAUUUGGACGGUAGAUUCGGAGUCGAUGUUAAGUUAACAGAUGGUGGGGAGCAGCUUCUCCAGUUGUGUGUUGAAGAUCUCCUGUUCCUGAUCAGUGCGAACUUUCAGGCAGUCUUACUGAGUAACUUGAAAGCCACCAACUUCAAGCCAUCUACCGGAGCCGCCAUACAAGUUGCUAGUGGGAGUCUACCCAACUCUUCCGACAGGACCAUCACCAUAACCGGGUCCGCGCGUGCAGUGGCACUCUGUGUGCAUCACGUGUGUUUGAAGACACUUCGUUUGCGCUCCAAACACAUCAGCGUUCAAUAUCGACCACAAAGUGCUAACAAACCUCAGCAACUCGGUUUGAUUACGCAGAACCAAGUCCCUCUAUUCACCUCAGGAUACUGGAAGACCCCACACCCAGUUGAAAUUUUGCUCAAUUCUUUACUCCUACCGUCACUCACUUCUACAAACUUCCGAGCUCAACCAUUAAACGGAACAGUUUGCCCAACUAACUUACUACCGUCGACAUCCUCUGGAAGCCAACUGACUCAGAACGAACAUUUCAUCCACGGAUACUAUCCAUUCAGCCCACCCUCCAUGUCGAGUGCGCAAGAUAGCAUUCUACGGACAGCAAGCCUUCAUGAAAGUACAAUGGCUUUACCCAGCUAUAAGUGUUUUGAAGCCGGAGACAGUCAAAAUGCAAAGGAAUUUUUAACGCCUCUCAGACUGGUCAUAUCCAGUGAUGCAGAUCAGUUGAAAACGCAAGUCAUCCGCUCCCAGGUUCAGACUAACAGCUUGUUCUCUGAAGCAUCUACAGCGGUCUGUCAAUCUCUCCUCUCUGCCGCACAAACCGGCCUGACUCCAAACAACCACGACCAGACAGCGACGACGCAAAAACUACUGAACACAUCGGUGCUUCAAGCUUCGAACCAGCCAACCUUUCCAACCUGCCCGAAAGCUCCUGUUCGUCUGACGCAAUCUGUCACGCAACACAAGACGGAAAUGUACAUACCGAAUGACCUGGUCGGUUGUAUUAUUGGUCGUGGUGGCAACAAAAUAAAUGAGAUCCGUCAGACAUCACAGGCAAACAUCAAAAUUUCGAGUGGAGAAGAAAAUCUUUGUGAACGUCGAAUUACUAUUACGGGAAGCUUUCCUGCAGUACAAAAAGCACAAACGAUGAUCAACAACAGCGUCGAAUUGCACAAACAUCUCCUUGCGUUGAACACGGCCAUGAAUUCCGUUUACGUGAAUCCUUCUGAUGAACAGAAGUAUACAAGCCAGGCUUCUAAGUUGAUAAACCAGCACAGUCUGUACACCACCGUGCUAGAUGCUGAACCACAGGAUACAGCCACUGACGUAUCUGAUGAGCUUAGUAUGGAAAGCUAUAUUCGUAACUUGUCCACCGGAAACUCAAAAACAUGGCAAACACGCCCAGUUUUUGACGCUAUCACUCCUCCUAUUGCGUGUCCGAGAACAAAAGAGAUUCGCUCUGCACCAACACGAAUGGAGAACAUUUCAAGACAGGGAAAAUCUGGACCGGGGAGCUCCCCUUAUAUUCUUAGAGCAUCUCAGAUUUUCGGUAUGCCUCAAACACCAGUCACUGCAGCACCCUCUCUGCCUGCAGCCGAUCUGGGACGUGGCAAUCAAGCGCCCAAAAACGACUGCGAAUUAAACACACCGACUCGCAAACACAUACUAGGUUUGAUUGGUCAGCUGCCUCAAGUGCAUCAGCAUAAAUGGUUAACUGCUUUUGGAUUGGAAAACGAGAUAACUGGAGUAAGGGCAGCAUCCAGAGUUACUAACGCACAACAAGUGUAGAGGAAGUAUUGAAGCAGGUCUUCGAAUAAAAAGUUUAGCUUUGAGUUAUCGUUUGACAUCCCCGUUUUCAUUCCUUGCUUUCAUGCUCCUGAAUGCCGGAAAUCCCCUGUUGUCGACAUUUAUACCUAUUUUUCGCGCAUUUGGUCUAACUGUGUGUUGGUAAACCUUUUUUCGCUAUAUUCCGAUGCAGCAUGCAACGGUGCCGAACAAAUUCUCAUUCCACACUAGUUUAUCUUUUGCAUUUCGUUUCCCCUCAGUUUGCUUUCUCAUACCUACCCAUCGAUUGCUUCCCCUGACAUGUCCUACAACUUUUUUUGACAAUCUCAUGUGACUAAUAUACCCUUUGUAAUACUUUAACCAGUUGAUUGCACCCAGCGUGCAACCCACACUCAUUAUGGAGAAAUUCUCUCAGGAAAUGCAGGACGGAUCUACCCAGUGAAGAAGACGGGUGGAAAAUCAACUGUACUCACUUGAAUAGUCUUAAUAAAGACAACCUUUUUU